AUGUUUUAUUCAUUGAUUAAUAUAAUACAUAGACAUUCGAUUGAGUGUUUGCUUACAGGUUUUAAUCAUAAUAUGAAUAUGGAAAAUAUAUUUAAUUUGUACAAAAGAACUGAAACUCAUAUUCGAUCUGUUGAUUUAUUUAAUCACUCUAUUUAUUUACGUUAA